AUGAGUCCACUUGUUCCCUUUGGUAAGAAAUUUCGGGAAAAAUAUUUCCCGAAUCUUGAUAAGGAAGCAUACCCAUUAAACCAUGGAAGUUAUGGGUUAACACCGAAGCCAGUCCAUGAGGAGUAUGUUCGAACCCUUUCCAAAGAAGCUGAGUAUCCAGAUAGAUAUAUUAGAUAUGAUCUUCCAGACAAGUAUGUUAGGGCCUUAAAGAGUGUUGGCGAGUUUGUGAAUUGUGAUUAUCGAGAUUUAGCACUUGUUGAUAAUGCCACCACUGGUAUUAAUACUGUAUUAAGAUCCUUCCCUUUUGAGAAAGGUGAUAAGGUGUUGAUGAUGAGUACAGUUUAUGGAUCAUGUGGGAACACCGUCAAGUUCUUGAAAGAAUACAAAGGGAUUGAGUAUCAAGUUGUUGAAAUCAAUUACCCGGUCCAGGAUGACGAGAUUGUUGGUAAAAUAGAAGAGAUUUUUAAAACCCAGCUGGUUAAAAUGUGUAUGUUUGAUACUAUAACUUCGAUGCCGGGGAUUCGAUUCCCAUUUGAAAAAAUGGUCAAGUUGUGUAAGAAGUAUCAAGUGCUUUCAUUAGUAGACGGUGCCCAUUGUAUUGGGUUGAUACCAUUUGAUCUUGGUGACUUCAAGCCUGAUUUUUUCAUUUCCAAUUUACAUAAAUGGUUAUUUGUGCCUCGAGGAUGUGCAAUGUUAUACGUUGAUACAAAGCAUCAUGACAAAGUACAAACGCUUCCAAUAAGUCAUAGUUACACCAGUGAUAAUCUUGUCGAUAAGUUUACAUUUAUUGGGUCGAAGAACUACGCAUCAAUCGCAUGCAUUGAAAGCGCCAUCGAGUUCAGAAAAGGAGUCUGUGGAGGAGAACGGGCAAUCUAUGAGUACUGUUUAGGGUUAAGUGAACAAGCAGCCAAGCGAGUCAAGGAAAUAUGGGGGGACGUUGAGGUUUUAGGGAUUUCGGGUGCAUUAGUCACCGUUGAAGUUCCAAUGGCCAAUCCCCGAUUAUUUGACGAUGCGACGAUGGUUAAACAGUGUGAAGAGUAUGUAUACGGGGCAAUGAUCAGGCAGUAUAAUACGUAUGUGCCAAUGGUUUAUCACAACGGUAAAAUAUUUGCCCGAUUUUCCUGUCAAAUAUAUAACGAAUUGCAUGAAUACGAGUAUGCAAGUAGGGUUAUAUUAGAGAUAUUUGAUAAUUUUUUUAAAAGCUUAAAUAAGUAA